GCCUCCACUCCGCUGGGAAUGCACGCGCGAAUCAACAUCGCCCAUUGAAACGGCCUGAACUAGGAGAGAGCCUGGAUUUCCACUCAGGUAUGAAAGUUUUGAGUCACCACACUUGCCAUGUCGCACCCCAAUGCCAACAGCCUGCGCCGCCUCGUUCCCAAGAUCGAUGCAGCCCGCACUCCGUCCGCGUCCCCGACAGAUGAAGGGUCGACGGCAUCGAAUAAACGACGAUGCAUCUCGUCCGCAUGCAUGCCCUGUCGCAAGCGCAAAUCCAAGUGUGACGGAGAGAAGCCCGCUUGUGAAAGUUGUAGCAUUGUUUACAAGACGCACUGUGCCUAUGAUAUCGACAGUGAUCACCGCCGAAAAGGCGCCUUGAAGAGAGAUAUCAGACAGCUUGAGGAAGAGAAUGAAAAGCGGGACAUCAUUCUCGAUGCCCUCCGUAAAGGAACCGAGGCCGAUGUCGACGACAUUAUCCAACUGAUCCGCUCGGACGAGCCCUACGACUCCAUCAUCGAGACGAUCAAGAGAAUGCCCAUCAAACCGGUGCCCAAACCAGAAGCAUCUCCAACGCUGGAAGGAGAGCUCGCUGCGUUUACUGGUAAACCCUCUUUGAAAAGAGCUUGCGACAACCGGCACUAUGGCCACACAUCAAAUCUUGCCUUGGCCGGAUCCGAUGAUGAGUUGCCUUUGGUGGAAGUGGAUCACAUCGGGACCUGGACCAAGGUUACAAGUGAUGUCGACCUGAUCAAGCACCUUCUAUCCCUCUACUUCACCUGGUCUCAUCCGAUAUAUCUGCUCUUCUCCGAGGAAGUCUUCUCUUACGCCCUCGACAACAAGAAGCUCAAGUGGUGUAGUCCGAUGCUCGUCAAUGCUUGCCUGGCCCUUGGGUGCAACUACUCUGAUCGGCCUGAAGCUCGAGCAGACAUCAACGACCCUGCCACGGUUGGGGACCACUUCUUCGCCGAGGCAAAGAGGCUGCUGAACGAAGACGAUCGAUCUUGCUUGACGACUGUCCAGGCUUUAGGUGUCAUGUCUUGUCGACAAGCAAUGAUGGGACAAGACGGCAGUGGUUGGAGGUAUGCCGGCCAGAUGAUGACCAUGGCGAUUGAGCUGGGGUUGCACUUGACGUAUAAUGUGCAGCCCAGUGGGAAGGUGACGGACUGCGAGAUGGAAGCUAGGAGAAUUACAUUUUGGGGAAGUUAUAUGCUUGAGACGAUAUAUGCCAUGUGUGUGGGACGAAUAUCUGGCUUGCCGCGAAUGGCCAUUCAGUUGGAGAAGUCGGUACCGAGAGAAAAUCUGGAAAAGAAGAUCUGGAAACCCCAUGGCGACCCCCGCUUUCUCCACGAGCCGACCGGACUGGAGCAGCCAGCUUUUACCUAUACCGUCCAGGUGCAAUCAAGCCGUCUUACUGAGAUUGUCAACGACACCCUUCAAAUGUUCUAUGCACCGCGAGAUCGGAUCACAAGUCGCAAGCUCGAAGUACAUCACGAACGAUUCAUUCAGUGGCAUGACGAACUCCCUUCAAGUAUGACCAUCAAACGUGAUGGUCCAACACUCCCUCAAGUAAUUGCACUUCACAUAUACUACCACAACUCUCUGAUCCAUCUCUUCCGGCCAUUCCUCCGCGUUUCGUUCGUUCAAAAUACAAAAAGCCCCCACCAAAUCUGCACCGAUGCGGCCGUCACCAUAGCGCAAUUGAUGAGCCUGUACUCGAGAACGUACAGCAUGCGCCGCGCCUACUUCAUAUUAGUCCACUGCGGGAUAAGCGCGGCCAUCAUACACAUCGUCAACAUCUCCCGCACUGACCCAACAUCCCCCCAACUCAGCGUCCAAGCCGCCGCCUACCUCACCGACAUAAUCCACAUGAUGCACGAAAUGUACCCCACCUACCCCCUCAUGGCCCGCUACUUCAAAGUCAUUCGGAGCCUCAUCACCAAAUGGGUCCAAAACGUCCCCAGCAAUGUCCGCGACGCACUCCAAACCAUCGACCUCCCCUCACCGCACUCCUCAGACUGCGAGACAGCCCUCAGCCCUCCAGAUCCCACCGCCUCAGCCUCCUACUCCACCGAUUUCGAUGAGCCAUCCACGGUCACCGUCGAGAUCAACGGGAAGCGAAGGAAGCAGUCAGCACCAGACCUAACGCAGAUGACACCAAACCUAAAUAACGGGAAGGGCGUACUAACUGCGGCGGCGAAGGAGUUCCUCUGGACGCCGUUCCCGGAGAGUAUGGACGGGAUGCCGGUCAUGCCGCCGGAGCGGAGGAGUGGUAAUGAUAAUAUGGAUAUCAGUCGGAUGUUGGAUUCCGGCGUGGAUGGGGAUUGGGCGCAGUUGAAUCGGGACGGGUUUACGAUGGAUGCGGGGAAUGAGUUUUGGGGUGUAUAAAAGGGGCCUGUGAGAUAACGAGGCACGGCUGGGGAACGGCAUGGGUGGCUAGAUUCUGCUUUAGCGAUUUCCUUGCUCUUGGGAGGUGGGCUGGUGGCGUUUUGUGGUUUUGGACAUGAAAAGUCGGGGGUUUGGAUAGC